AGGUCGCUCUGGUCCUGAAGGCCCCCUGAGAUCAUGUUGGGAGGGAAGGUCGCUCAUUGUGUGAACCCCGCUGCUAGGACAGGAAACAGGGUCAGUUAUGGCAGCGAGCUCCCGCCUCCAGCUCCGCGUUCUCAUCAUUGUUCGCCUGCUCCACCUGACUCCUCCUCCACCUUCAGCGGAUAGACCAUAACAACUGGAACCGGUGACGGGCUCGGGUCCAAGCCUGCAGGCGUGCACGAGGCGUGCACGAGGAUGUGGCUCUGGAGCAACAGGAAGUGCCCACAUCCUCUGGACCUCUGCGGGUCUCUGCUGAGCGCACGUGAGUCCUUUAGUCCUUUAGCACCGGAUCAAUCAUCCUGAUCAGCGGCUGCGCGCACAUCUGGACAGCUCUAGUGCGCACACGUGAACGCGCAAAGAGAUGCUGCUGCAGCUGGAGACCUCCCUCCCCCCCCCCUCCCUCCUCCCUCCUCUCCUUCACUCUCUGAUUGGCUGAGACACUGACGCCUUCGCGUCUUUGAUUGGCUCAAAGUUUCUUGGGUUUUGUUUUGACGCAGCGUGGCUCCAUAAAGCGGAGGACGCGCGCCGAGCUCCAUCACACUCCACCCUGUCUCCAUCCUCAGCUCCCGGACUGUCCCCCGCAGCUCACCCCGCAGCUCACCCCGCACCAUGCUCUCUGCGUGUCUGGAGUUCCUGGGCUUGGCGCUGUGCGUCACGGGCUCGCUCCUGGUGAUGGUCGCCUGCGGGCUGCCCAUGUGGAAGGUGACCGCCUUCAUCGACGCCAACAUCGUGGUGGCUCAGACCGUGUGGGACGGGCUGUGGAUGACCUGCGUGGUGCAGAGCACCGGCCACAUGCAGUGCAAGCUCCACGACUCGGUUCUGGCGCUGACCCAGGACCUGCAGACCGCGCGCGCCCUCACCAUCAUCUCCGCCGUGCUCGGCGUCGUGGCGCUCACGGUGACGGUCGCCGGCGCGCAGUGGACCAACUGCCUGAAGGACGAGACGGUGAAGGCGAGGGUGGUGAACGCCGGAGGGGUGAUCUACAUCAUCAGCGGGCUCUUCGUGCUGGUUCCGCUCUGCUGGUUGGCCAACAACAUCAUCGUGGACUUCCACAACCCGCAGGUGGCUCCGAGCAACAAGCGGGAGAUCGGAGCGGCCAUCUACAUCGGCUGGGCCGCCGCGGCGCUGCUGCUGCUGGGGGGAACCCUGCUGUGCUGCUCCUUCACCCAGGGGGUCAGAGGAGGAUACCCCAUCAAGUACGCCCCCACCAAGACCAUCACAGCCAGCGGGGACUUUGACAAGAAGCACUACGUGUAGACUGCUCCACAAAUAUGAACUUUAUGAAAUCUGAACAUUUCAGUGCGGCUGUCUGUCUGUGCUGAAGCUUCAUUGUAAAUAGAGUUUUUGUCCUGAUCUGGAAACAUGUACAGUGUUUGUGUUUUUAUUCUUUGUUCACUUUUCUAAUAAAGACAAAAAGAAUUCA